GGAGCACAAGAUUGUGAUGACAUUCUCUCGGUGGAUCUCAGGGUCCAGGGUCUUCUUCUUCCCUUCAGAGCAUCUAGGCACCAGUGUUGUACACAAGUGGGUCAGCAGGACUUCAAUCGUGCAAUUUCCUCGGUCAACUGUUCUUGGUCACUACCUGGUUGUAUAGGUCAGAGAUUUGAGGCCAGGACUCAGCACCCAGAGACUACAUGAGAGGUUCUGUCCAUGUCACACAGCUUCUCCUCUACAAGGGGAUAUUGAAAGACUAUUGCUUCAGACCUGAGGUGACAGCCACUCCUGACAAGCACUCAGUACUUGUUGACUAGCAGCUGGAAGCUGGGAGGCAUAAUAUAAAAUGUUAAAAACAGGGGCGGACAAGAUGGCGGCGCCAGGAGAACACUGCUUCUGAGGAGCAGGACAUUUCCCAUACAGCAACCAAGAGGCUGAACUCUGGGCCCUAAAACAACAGCGAUCGUGUUUCCCAGGUGAGAGGAAACCCCCACGACGAGGGAAUCAGUCGGAUCCACGCUCAGGCCACCCAGCCAGACCCGGAAGAGAUCCCGGGUCGCGCAGGCACUAGGUCCCCAGACCAGAGCCACACUCCUGUGUGUCCCCAUCACCUUCCCAGGCUGAUCUGUGGACACAAAAACACCAGAGACUGGGAGUCCCAGUCGGGAGAAAACCCCACAGGGAAGGAAGGAAACGGGACUGGCCUCGGGUCACCCAGUCUUUCCCUGGAAAAGGACUCACAGACGAGCGGGUGUGCGCUGACGCCAUCACUGAACUGGGCUCCAGCCACGAGCACAGAGACUUGGUAGGCGCCCAACUUUCCUCUUCUUCACAAACAGAACUGUGCGCCCCAGGGCAUUGAGACUAGGAAUCCUGUCAGGAGGAAACCCCACAGGUAGGAAGGAAAUGGGGGCUGAAUUAGGUCAUCCAGUAUAUCCCUGGAAUAGGUCCCACAGACCGGCGGGCGAGCAUGCUGCCAGCCCAGAAACCUGCUGUGCACCAACUAUUCGUCACAGACCGAACUGUGUACACCAGGGCACCAGACACUUGGAGUCCCUGUCUGGAGAAAUCCCCACAGGGAACGAAGCAAAUGGGGACGGGCUUAGACCACCCAAUAUAUUCCUGGAAAAGGUCCCACAGACCGGCCCAACCCGGGGACCUGCUGUGUACCAGCUAGCCUGCUGCUACCAGGAGAGCGGUACUCACCUGCCACAGCGGUACUCACCUGCCACAGAUUACUGUGGGUACUGGGGCACAGAGCUCCAACGUCAGACCUACAAGAGCCCAGAAUCCCUGAGAUCAACCCCCAGAUACUGCUCCAAGGGGCAACCAGUUAUCCCUAACAAAACUGACCAAGUCACAGGACACUCAGGCUACAGAAGCAGCUCACUAAAUUCACAGCAAGAAAUCCAGAAGCAGGACAGCUGUCUCCGGGACUUCUCUGGGUGAGAGGAGAGCCCUCUCAGCUAACAAGGACGACAGUUACCACUCAGGUCUGUACCCCUGAGGUGAGCUGUGGCAACUCCUGAAAAACACCGGCCAUACAGUGGCCAUACCCAAAAAGCUGAGGAGGCUUCCUUCAGGAAAAAACCAUCUUUCUACCAAGGGAAUUCUCUCCACUAUAGGAUUCUAGGAACCACCAGAAACUAACACCCAAUACCUAAGAUAGCCUAAUGGGUAGAGGCCAGUGUAAAAGCUCAACCAACAAAAGACAGAGGAAUAUGGCAUCACCAGAACCCUGUUAUCCAGGGGCAAGUAGCCGUGGACACCCCAGCAUAACUGAAAUUCAGGAAGAUGACCUAACAUCUAUGCUCAUGAAGAGGAUAAUAGAAGAAACAAAUAAAAUUUAUCUUCCUAGAGGAAGAUAAAUUCAAACAGAUUAUGGCCAUCCGUAAAGAAAUACAGGAAGUUGCAGCUAAACAGUUUGUGGCCUUUAGAGAGGAAAUACUUAAAUCACUAAAAGAAAUAAAAGAAACAGAGGAUUGUUCAAACAAACAGCUGAAGGAAUUGAAGGAAAAACAGGAAAACACAGUCAGACAGGUGAAGGAAAUCAACAAAAUGGCUCAAGAUCUGAAGAUAGAAUUGGAAAAAUUAAAGAAAACACAAAUGGAGGAAAUUGUGGAGAGAAAGAACUUAGGGAAGAAAACAGGAACCACAGAGGUAAGCAUAACCAAUAGACUACAAGAGAUGGAAGAAAGAAUCUCAGGUGUGGAAGGUGCAAUGGAAGAAAUCGAUGUAUCUGUCAAAGAAAAUGUUAAAUCUAAAAAAUUCCUGACAAAGACCAUCCAAGAAAUUCAAGACAACCUAAAAAGACAAAACCUAAGAAUAAUAGGAAUAGAGGAAAAAGAAGAUUCCCUCCUCCAAGGCCCAGAAAAUAUUUUCAACAAAACCAUUGAAGAAAAUUUCCCCAAAUUAAAGGAGAGCCCAAUAAGAAUACAAGAGACCUACAGAACACCCAAUAAAUUAGACCAGAAAAGAAAAUCCUCCCAACACAUAAUAAUCAAAACAAUAAGUAUACAGAACAAAGAAAAAAUACUAAAAGCUGAAAGGGAAAAAGGUCAAGUAACAUAUAAUGGCAAACCCAUCAGAAUCACACCUGACUUCUCAACAGAGACUAUGAAAGCCAGAAGGGCCUGGACAGAUAACAUGCAGGCCCUAAGAGAACACAGAUGUCAGCCCAGGCUACUAUACCCAGCAAAGCUCUCAGUCCUCAGAGACGGAGAAAACAAGAUAUUCAAUGACAAAAACAAAUUUCAACAAUACCUACACACAAAUCCAGCUUUACAGAAGACACUAGAAGGAAAAAUACAACCCAAGAAAACUAGUUACUUUCAAGAAAACACAGGAAAUAAUUAACCUCACUACAAUAAAAUGAAAAGCAACCAAGCACACAAACUUAUGACCACAGCUAACAUAAAAAUCAAAGGAUCUAACAGCCACUGGUCAUUAAUCUCUCUCAACAUCAAUGGACUCAAUUCUCCAAUAAAAAGACACAGACUAAGAGAAUGGAUGCAUAAACAAGACCCAACAAUCUGUUACAUUGAAACACACCUAAACACAAGAAACACACCUAAGUCAAGAAGAUAGACAUUACCUGAGGGUAAAGGACUGGAAGACGGCUUUCCAAGCAAAUGGACACAAGAAGCAAGUAGGAGUAGCCAUUCUAAUAUCUGAUAAAAUAGUCUUUAAACCAAAAUUGAUCAAAAGAGAUAGGGAAGGACACUUCAUACUCAUCAAGGAAAAAUUCCACCAGGAAGACAUCACAAUCCUGAACAUCUAUGCCCCAAAUACAAGGGCACCCACAUUUGUAAAAGAAACAUUGAUAAAACUUAAACCACCCAUAGAUCCCCACACAUUAAUAGUGGGAGACUUCAGCACCCCACUCUCAACAAAGGACAGGUCAACAAAACAGAAAUUAAACAAAGAAAUAAUGUCUCUGACAGAGGUCAUGAAUCAAAUGGACCUAGCAGACAUUUACAGAACCUUACACCCAAACACAAAAGAAUUUACCUUCUUCUCAGCACCUCAUGGAACCUUCUCCAAAAUAGACCAUAUGGUUGGUCACAAAGUGAGCUUCAACAGAUACAAGAAGAUUGAAAUAAUCCCUUGUAUCCUAUCUAAUCACCAUGGAAUAAAGCUGGACCUCAACAACAACAGAAAUAGCAAAAAGCCUACACAUACAUGGAAGCUGAACAACUUGCUACUAAAUGACAGCUGGGUCAGGAAAGAAAUAAAGAAGAAAUAAACCCACACACUUAUGGACACCUGAUCUUUGACAAAGAUGCCAAAACCAUACAAUGGAGAAAAGAUAGCAUCUUCAACAAAUGGUGCUGGUCUAACUGGAUAUCUACAUGUAGAAAAAUGCAAAUAGAACCAUACUUAUCACUCUGCACAAAACUAAAGUCCAAGUAGAUCAAAGACCUCAAGAUAAAACCAGAUACUCUAAAUCUGUUAGAAGAAAAAGUGGGGAACAGCCUAGAACUCAUUGGCACAGGAGACAACUUCCUGAACAGAACACCGACAGCACAGGCUCUAAGAGCAACAAUCAAUAAAUGGGACCUCAUGAAACUGAAAAGCUUCUGUAAAGCAAAGGACACCAUCAUCAAAACAAAACGAAUUCCUACAAAUUGGGAAAGAAUCUCCACCAACCCUUUAUCUGACAGAGGGCUAAUAUCCAAAAUAUAUAAAGAACUAAUGAAGCUGAAAAGCAACAAACCAAGUAAUCCAAUUAAAAAAUGGGGAACAGAGCUAAACAGAGAAUUCUCUGUAGAGGAAUAUCAAAUGGCAGAGAAACACUUAAAAAAAUGUUCAACCUCAUUAGCCAUCAGGGAAAUGCAAAUCAAAACGACCCUGAGAUUUCACCUUACACCCAUCAGAAUGGCCAAGUUCAAAAACAAAAGUGACAACACAUACUGGAGAGGUUGUGGAGAAAGGGGAACCUUCCUCCACUGCUGGUGGGAAUGUAAACUUGGACAACCACUCUGGAAAUCAAUCUGGAGCUUUCUCAGACAACUAGGAAUAGUGUUUCCUCAAGAUCCAGCCAUACCACUCCUAGGCAUACAUCCAAAAGAGGCUCAAGUACACAGUAAGGACAUUUGCUCAACCAUGUUUGUAGCAGCUUUAUUUGUUAUAUGGAAACAACACAGAUGUCCCUCAACUUAAGAAUGGAUACAGAAAUUGUGGUAUAUCUACACAAUGGAAUAUUACUCAGCAAUGAAAAAUAAUGAAAUCAUGAAAUUUGCAGGUAAAUGAUGGGAACUGGAAAGGAUCAUCCUGAGUGAGCUGUCCCAGAAUCAGAAAGACACACAUGGUAUAUACUUACACAUAUAGGCAUAUAAUAUAGGAUAAACCUACUAAAGUCUGUAUAUGUAAAGAAACUAAUCAAGAGGGAGGACCCUGACUAAAAUGCUCACACCCCAUCCCGAAAGGCAAAGAGGAUGGACAUCAGAAGAAGAAGAAAACAGGAAACAAGUUAGGAACCUGCCACAGAGGGUCUCUGAAAGGCUCUGCCCUGCAGACUAUCAAAGCAGAUGCUGAGACUUAUGGCCAACUGUUGGGCAGAGUGCAUGGAAUCUUAUGAAAGAAGUGGGAAAUAGUAAGAUCUGGAGAGGACAGGAACUCCACAAGGAGAGCAACAGAAUCAGAAAAUUUGAACACAGGGGUCUUUUCAGAGACCCAUACUCCAACCAAGUACCAGGCAUGGAGUUAACCUAGAACCCCUGCACAGAUGUAGCCCAUGGCAGUUCAGUGUCCAAGUGGGUUCCAUAGUAAUGGGAAUAGGGACUGCCUCUGACGUAAUCUGAUUGGCCUGCUCUUUGAUCACCUCCCUGAGGGGGGAGGAGAGGAGCUUUACCAGGCCACAGAAGAUGACAAUGCAGCCACUCUUGAUGAGAUCUGAUAGACUAAGAUUAGAAGGAAGGAGAGAGGGACCUCCCCUAUCAGGGGACUUGGGGAGGGGCAUGCGUGAAGAAGGGGGAGGGAAGGUGAGUUUAGGAAGGGAGGAGGAGGGGGUUUAUGGGGGGAUACAAAGUGAAUAUAGUGUAAUUAAUAAAAGUUAAAAAUGUUAAAAACAAAAUUAUAUAAGUCAAGGCUCAGGGGAUGGCUCAGUGGGUAGGAGAAGUUGAUAUGCAAGCAUUAAGACUUGAAUCUGAAUCCCCAAUACAUGCUUUAUAUGUCUUCACGUACUUGUAAUCCCAGCAUUGCCAGGUGGAGGCAGGUAGAUCCUGGGAGCUCACUGGCCAGCCAGUCGAGCCUAGGCCUCCUGGCAGGCUUCCAACUCAGCGGAAGACACUGGAUCAGGCAAUAAGGCAGAAAGUGACAGAGGAUGCAGGUAACAUCCUCCUCUGGCCUUCACAUGUAUGUGCACAGGCACACUGGCAUACUCACAUGCAUGCUCCAAACAUGCACAACGCAUAAAAGGAUAAGCCACUGAAUGUCUGUAUAGUUUUAUAAAGCAGUUUCAUAAAUGUUGGCUGGGUGUAGUGGUGCAGGCCUGAAAUCCCAGCACUCAGGAGGCAGAGGCAAGUGGCUCUCUGUGACUUUGAGGCCCACCUACUCUCCAUAGUGACUUCUAGGACAACCAAAGCUACAUAAUAGAGACUCUGAGAAAAAGAGGCAUGGUUAUAGCGUGUCUUGGGUACUUGUUUAGAAUUAUCUUCAUAAAAUAAGUUUAUAGGUUGGUGGAGGGGAAAUGUAACAAGAAUGGGAAUCAAAAGGUAUAACAGAUAUUAGUUACUUUCCCAGAUUUAGCCUUGGCAUUUCUUGUCUCAUGGUAUUCCCCAUAAUAACCCAAAACCCAAAAAGGAAACCACAUAUUAUUUAAUUUUUUUGCCAUUCUUAUAUUACAUACUUACUAAGAAAAAGAAAAUCCAAAAGUGUAUAUAAUAUAUAUACACAAUAGGGCAAAGUUGUUAGCACCAACCCUUUCAUGCCACCACAGCGAAGCAUGAACCCACAAGUCUUCCUAAGAGCAAUCCCAUCUGCAAACUCUGAGUAGCAAAGGAGCAGCUGAGUUCUCCAUUUGUUUUCUACAUCUCUUCAAGGUGACUUUGUAAUCUUAAGUGUCUGGAAAAAUCACCAGACAAAAGUGUUUUGUCAUGUUAGUGCCUAUAAAUGCACAGCUACAUGGGAAUGCGGCCACGGUCAUUUCUUCAGUUACUGCCUGCAUCUUUGAGUUUCACAGGCUGCUCAAUUUUGGCUCCUUCCCCAAGGGAUAAAACUUGCCUUAUUGUCUCUUAUUGGUAAGAGCUCAACAGUUAUGAUUUUAGGUAUUACUUUGCAGAUUAUUGAUGUUAUAGGUUGGUGUGAUAGUUCAGUGGUGAAGGGAGCUUGCCAUGAAAGCCUACUGACCUGAGUUUAAUUCAUGGGUCCCAAUAAAACUAGGACAGAAAUGACUUCACCAAAUUGUUCUCUACACAUACACACACACACACACACACAAACUCACAUAAAUAAUAACAAAUAAUAAAUGAAAUUUGGUAUCCCAUUCUUCUUCA